AUGGAUUCUGAAACUCAUAAAAAACUUCACGCCUUCUUCUUCCCAGUCAUGGCACAGGGCCACUUGAUUCCAAUGAUAGACAUCGCCAGGCUAUUUGCAAGCCGUGGUGUGAAGGUGACUAUACUCACCACUCCCUCCAACGCAUCUCUUUUCUCCAACACCAUUGAUUGUGAUGCACAAUUGGGUCUCGACAUCUCUGUUCAACUCAUCCCAUUCCCUUCAGUCGAGGCUGGAUUACCAGAAGGAUGCGAGAACCUUAGUUCUAUUACUUCCCCUUCCAUGACCAACAACUUCUUCAAGGCUCUAGAUUUGUUCCAACUACCCUUGGAGAAACUUCUUCAAGAACAACAAUAUCCUGCUCAUUGUAUCAUAGCUGGCAUGUUCUUCCCCUGGGUUACGGACUUGGCUACCAAGCUUGGAAUUCCGAGGUUUAUCUUCUGUGGGACCAGUUUCUUUUCCCGCUGUGUCACGGACAGCAUAAAACGCUAUGCCCCUCAUCAGAGCCUUAAAUCCAAUUCGGAUCCAUUCAUCGUGCCGAGCCUUCCCGAUCAAAUAGAGCUCACAAGAUCGCAGGUGCCCGAAACCAAAAGUGAGUUUGCCGAGUUGCUUGAACGCGUUAGAAAAUCAGAAGAAAGAAGCCAUGGAGUCUUGUUUAACAGCUUUUAUGAGUUGGAGCCAGCUUAUGCUGAUCACUACAAGAAGGUCAUAGGAAGGAAGGCAUGGGACAUAGGCCCUGUUUCACUCAGAAACAGAGAUUUUGCGGAUAAGGCUCAGAGGGGAAACAAUACUUAUAUUGAUGGACACGAGUACUGCCUGAAUUGGCUUGACAAGAAGAAAUCGAACUCGGUUCUCUACGUUUGCUUUGGAAGUGUGACACGAUUCACGGCUUCUCAACUAGUAGCGAUUGCGAUGGCCCUCGAGACUUCUGGACACCCAUUCAUUUGGGUUGUGAGGUCCGAGGAGAGGGAGAUUCCAGAAGGGUUUGAAGAGAGGAAUGAAGGGAAGGGUCUAAUAAUAAGGGAUUGGGCACCUCAAGUUUUGAUACUGGACCAUCCUGCCGUGGGAGGGUUUGUGACCCAUUGUGGAUGGAACUCGACUCUUGAAAGCGUGAGUGCAGGGGUGCCCAUGAUCACUUGGCCUUUAUUUGCAGAGCAGUUCUACAAUGAGAAGCUGGUGACACAAGUGUUGAGGAUAGGAGUGAGUGUAGGAGCUCAUGAAUGGAGUGGAUUUGUAGGUGAGGGAAAUGCAGCUGCAGUGAAGAGAGAGGACAUAGAGAAGGCUGUGGAGCAGUUGAUGGGUGGUGGAGAAGAAGCAGAGCGCAUGAGCAGUCGAGCUACAGAGCUCAAAGAGAAGGCGAGAAGAGCUGUUGAAGAAGGGGGCUCAUCGUACACCAACUUAACGAAUUUGAUCGAAGAGCUGAGGUUGCAUGUGCGGCUUGAAGCCUAG